CUCGACCAUGCACACAGAUGCCCAUCACCGUCCGUCCGGAGCAGCCAGCAUACUGGCGUCUGCAUUUGCAGGCUUCGCAGAACUUGUAGUGUUCCAUCCCAUUGAUACCAUAAGUAAGCGCUUGAUGAAUAACCGAGAUGUCGUGACACCGGAGGGUGACAAGUUGCGGACUGUGAUCUAUGGCGAGGCCGCAAAACGAGGUGCUCUUGCGCAGUACAAGUCCUUAUUUCCGGGUUUUCAAUAUGCGGUUACUUAUAAGGUCUUGCAGAGGAGCUAUCAGUUUGGAGGCCAACCGUUUGUAGUCAACUGGUUGGAAAGGAGAUGGGGAAGUUGGUUCAAAGCCAAAUUUCGCAAGAGAGCCCAAACGGCGGUUCAAGCCACCGCGGGCCUCGUUAUUGGCAUGGGCGAGGUGGUUCUGUUGCCACUCGACGCACUGAAGGUUAAAGGUCAGACCAAUCCAUCUCUUCUUCACGGUACGUCCCCCUGGGCCCUUCUCGUGCGACCAUCUUCUCUCCGCAAAUUGUAUAGUGGGGCAGGGUGGACCGCUGCACGCAAUAUGGUUGGCUGCUUCGCGCUCUUCGGUGCCUCCGCUGCUGCAAAAGACAUCAUAUAUGAUUUGAAUGAAGGGAAAGAGAAGGCAACACUCAUGCAAACGCUGGUGGCGUCGUUUUGCGGAGCCAUAGCAAGUAUAGCUCUCGCAUCACCAUUUGACGUGAUCAAGGUUAGGGUUCAAGCAGCGCCGGCAGAGGCUCGCGUAUCCGGAUUUGCGAUUGCAAGAAAUAUCAUUCGCUUAGAAGGGAUGCGAGCAUUCGGAAAGGGCCUGGUGCCGAAGCUACUAGCCGCUGGGCCGAAAAUCACUUUUUCGUUCACAAUUGCACAGCAACUCUCGUCGUUCUUUUCAGCGCAUAUAAACAGCCAACCACCGGCGCUACGCGCACUUUGAUGAGUUUACGAUGAUCUCAUAGAGGAAUAGACUGGCUUCUAUUCGUAAGUCUAUAUAUUUGAUAAUAUGUUCCAGUCAACAUUUCUAUUCUCUACAAAAUGCUUCCA